AAUCGAAAAAGAGUAAAUAAAAGAUAACCAAAUCAAUGUCGACUCUAUAAUCUUGGAUCAAGAAUUUGUGAAAGCUCCUCGAAGGAACUCUCUAUCUUCUACUCUCUGGAAGGAAUGGGCUGCUUUCCAGGUUGCUUCGGUGGCCGGAAGAAUCGCCGGCGUCAGAGGCGCAGGGAUGAGCCUCGUUCAAACAAAAUCUCUGAGGGUUCUACAAAGGAUGUUCAACUGAAUCUUAGUGUUUCUAUUGUUGAGGAAGUUCCCAAGUCUGCAAAGAAUGUUAGGAUUCCUGCUUCUGUUGAGGAAGUGACUAAGGUUUCUGUCAUUCCGACCACUGACAUCUGUGAAGAGAAAGUUGAGGAGAGAAACAGUCCGAGUCCAACUCGUAAGAGAGUGACUUUUGACUCCAAGGUCAAAACUUAUGAACACAUAGCAGUAGAUGAAUCUGUUGAGCUCUUUGAAGAGGAGAAGAAGAAGGACGAAGAGGUGAAGCCUUUGAAGUCGAGUCAGGCACCAUGUUCAUCAGAGGGGAGCGAUGUUACUUCCAACUCGUCAAGCUCUUAUCCUUCAAACCAUAGAUACCAGAAUUGCAGAGAAAGUGACGACGAGGAAGAAGAGGAUGCUGUAACAGAUUGUGAUGAAAGUGAUCUAGAAGACAUUGAUGAUUAUGGUGAUCUGCUUGAUGAAGACUAUUAUGAUGAUGAUGAUUAUGAGGAGAAGCAACACAACUUGGAUGAUAAAAAAAUUUACACCGAGGAGAUUGCCGAUAAUGUUUUGAACAAAGACAAGUCUAACACGAGUGCAAGAGACAGAACCGGAUAUGUCAACGCUGUACUAAACCCGAUCGAGAAUCUCUCCCAAUGGAAAGCUGUGAAAUCCAAGGGUAGAACAAUGCAGACGCAGUCUCGAAAGGAGAACGUGACUCUCAUCUCCGAUCAAGAACACAAACUAAAUGCAUCCUUCAGCUUAGAGGAGCCUCAGGGUGUUGAUGAGUUACCAUCAUUCAGCAUGAAACAGAAAUCAAGAGAUGGAAUCAAGAAACAGAGAUCUCAAGAAGUACCAGCUGUUGACGCUAGUCUCUCAACAUGGUUAUCCACAUCGCAGACCACGACCAGCGGAUGCAGCAGCAUCGUCUCUAUGGGUGUUCAAAGCUACGAUGAAAGACCUAUACUGGGCGCGUUGACUUCAGAGGAGAUAAAACAGUUCUCAGCAAGGAAAUCUCCAAGGAAAUCUCCAAGUAGAAGCCCUGAAUCACCUAUUAUCGGAACAGUUGGUGGCUAUUGGAACAGUCAAUCAAUGGCCAUUAGGAGGUAGAGAGAAAGUAUGGCGUCCAAGCUCUAAUGGCUCACGGUUCCACACAUGUUUGGUUACACUGAGUGAAAUAUCAUUUGUUUAAAGAUUAAUUGGCUUUGUGUGUGUUGUGUGUAAUAAACUAAAUCGUUGUGUGUUUGUUGCAUAUGUGGUGUGAUUCAUUUUA